AUGGAUGUGGAUGAGUCCACUGUGUCCCAGGCAUCACUAGAUCAAUCACCUCCAGCUCAAGCUGAUCAUCCAGGUUUUCUCAUCAAUCCAGACUUGUACCUCGGGCCUGAGGAUGAUAUCAUUGAUGUGGAUGAGUUGCUGGAUUCUGCCAAUCCUAAGAUUGAUGUUCUGGCUGCAUCAGAAGCAUCUAUGUCAUUGGAUGACACCUCUAACGAACUUCAGUCAGAGCAGCCAGAGCUCACUAACAAAGAUUUAUGUUUGAUGGCCUGGGAGUUCUGA